AGUAAGACCACAUUAAUUAAUGUCGUAUACUCGUAUGUCGCAGUUGGGAUUGUGUUAGGUGAAGUUUUGUUUAUUUUCAAUGUGUAAAAAUAAUGUCAAAUCCCACUGGUAGCAGGAGGAAUGGAAUGAUGAAAAUUAGAUUAACAAUAUUUUGUUCUGUUUCAGUUCUCUGCGCAAGAAAUUUAGCCAGAAAAGACCUAUUUCGUUUGCCUGACCCAUUUGCCAAGAUCAGUGUGGAUGGUUCGGGACAAUGCCACAGCACAGAUACUUGUAAGGCUACACUGGAUCCAAAAUGGAACCAAUACUAUGACUUAUACAUUGGGAAGGGGGAUGGCAUAACAAUCAGUGUAUGGAACCACAAGAAGAUACACAAGAAACAAGGAGGAGGAUUCCUGGGCUGUGUACGGAUCAUGUCCAAUACCAUUCAGAGGCUGAAGGACACAGGGUAUCAAAGGCUAGACCUGUGUAAAGCUAGUGCCGAGGAUCAAGAGGUGGUGCGGGGACAGAUUGUGGUGUCACUACUGUCUCGGGAUGGUGGAGGUGGAGCGGCAGGACUUAACGCAGUGGUAGACCCCCACGGCGGACUGAGCUGCCCUGCUGACUUGCCUGAAGGUUGGGAAGAGCGACGAACCUCAGCCGGCAGAUUGUUCUAUGUCAACCAUCACACCAAGACCACACAGUGGGUUAGGCCUCAGAGGCCCCAGAUCCUGUUGACACCAACUCCAGAGAGCCCUGGCACUGUUGCCCCGGAUGUGGAGAAUAUCCCACAGAACAACAAUAGUCACCUGGCCAAUCCCAAUCAGAGGCACAACCGUGAGGAGGCUCCCUGUAUCAGACAUAUCCCCGGACAGAGACGAAGCAACCGGCGACAACAAGCUAGAACAUCUCAGGGUACCCACCAGCUGACACAGCCACCAGACCUGCCCCAUGGCUAUGAGCUGCGCACGACACAGCAAGGCCAGGUGUACUUCUACCACAUACCGACAGGCAGCAGCACCUGGCAUGACCCCCGGAUCCCAAGAGAAUGCACAGCAGAGUUAACAGCUGAGGUGCUGGGACCACUACCGUCUGGCUGGGAGGUGCGGCAGACAGCCAGCGGACGGUUAUACUAUGUUGACCACAACAACCGCACCACACAGUUCACCGACCCUCGUCUCUCCACCACUAUUAUCUCCAAUAUCAUCAAAAAAAACAACCCUCCUAGUACACAGACCCCUGCAGUGCCUAGUAGUGCCAACCCUACCACACCGUCCAGUGGCGGGGAACCGAGCAGUGCUACCACGACAGCCGUCAUCCCAACCACCCCCGCCGCUCCUCCUGAAGGUGAGGCGCUGCCCAAGUAUCGACGAGACCUCGUAGCCAAACAGAAGAUACUUAGGGCAGAACUUACGGCUUUGCAGCCCCAGAGUGGCCAUUGUCGGCUAGAAGUCUCGCGUACAGAAAUAUUUGAGGAGUCGUACCGACUGAUUAUGAAGAUGCGGCCGAAGGACAUGAGGAAGCGGCUUAUGGUUAAGUUUCGCGGCGAGGAGGGGCUGGACUAUGGCGGAGUAGCAAGAGAGUGGUUAUACCUUCUCAGUCAUGAGAUGCUGAAUCCUCAGUAUGGACUGUUCCAGUACUCACGAGAAGACAACUACACCCUCCAGAUCAACUCCGACAGCAGCGUUAAUCCUGAACACCUCUCGUACUUCCAUUUCGCUGGCCGGAUCAUCGGAAUUGCAGUGUUCCAUGGGCACUACAUCGAUGGAGGUUUCACUACACCGUUCUACAAGAUGCUGCUGAACAAACCUAUCACGCUGGAGGACAUCGAGGGUGUUGAUCCUGAACUACACCGUAGUUUAACAUGGAUGCUAGAAAAUGAUCUGACUGGUGUGAUAGACACAACGUUUGCUGUGGAGGUCAACAGUUUUGGGGUGCUCAAGGUCCAUGAGCUCAAGACGGGAGGCAAAGAUAUCAUCGUUACUGAGGAGAACAAGAAGGAAUAUGUCAAGCUCUACGUGAACUACCGGUUCAUGCGGGGUAUUGAACAGCAGUUCCUCGCACUGCAGAAGGGUUUCACAGAGAUAGUUCCAGCACAGCUGAUGAGGCCUUUCGACGAGCGAGAGUUAGAGCUGAUCAUCGGUGGACUUGGCAGUAUAGACAUCCAGGACUGGAAGGCUAACACAAGGUUAAAGCACUGCUCAGCUGAGACACCUGUUGUUCAGUGGUUUUGGCAGAUUGUAGAGAACUACAGUGAAGAGAUGAGGGCAAGACUGCUGCAGUUUGUCACUGGCAGCAGUAGAGUACCUCUUCAAGGCUUCAAGGCUUUGCAAGGAUCGACAGGAGCGGUGGGUCCUCGUCUAUUCACCAUUCAUGUGAUUGAUGCACCACAGGAAAACCUUCCCAAGGCACACACCUGCUUCAACCGCAUAGACUUGCCUGCAUACGAUGGAUAUCAGCGCCUCCUAGAGAAAUUGACGCAGGCUGUUGAGGAAACGUGCGGCUUUGCUGUUGAGUGAAUAACCCACGCCUUUGUUGAUAUUGUUAGAGUUGUUUAUACUUGUUGAUAUUAUUUUAUAGCAUAUUUAUAUUGGGGUCUGUUGUUGAGGUUUGGCGGAUUGCCGAUAAAAUCUCUCUGUGAUAUCUGACUCGGUUUUUUAGUGUAAGUGCCUUAUUUGUGGACCUUUCCUAUCAUUCUUUCAAGUUAUUUAUGUCACUUGAAAAGGUACCGGCUGUUGUUAAUUUAUUAUUUUUUAUGUGUAUCAUUUUUUGUUUAUUUUUUCUUAUAAUAAAACCCUUAUUUGUAAUCAAAGAAGUUGGAUAGUCAUAAUUGGAAGUGAUGUGUCAUCUGAUUAUUGUGCGAAACAGUUUUAAUGAUUUAAUGACCAAACAAUACAAUACCUCACACCUAUUAAUUGUUGAUAUUUAUAUUUAGAUUUUCUUAUUGAAUAAUUUUAUUCUUGGACCAAUAAACAUUUGAAUUUUUUUAAUAAUGAGUUUUAAAAAGCGGAAAAACGUCACACCUCAAAACAGAUCAUGUUGUUAGAAAGAAAGUUAUCUGUAAAUUAUAGUUUGCCCGCUUUAUGUUGUUACGAUAGAGUAUUUUUAUAACGGGAAUUCGUGUUUAAAUAAAUUAGUUUUUAAGUAGAACCUACUUUUAUCAAAUCACUAAUAUGUGGACGUUACUAUUUGUAUUUUGCUCGUCUAAGCAAAUGUCAGGGAUGGUUCUAUAUAUUUUACUUAAAAACUUAGAAAAAAUUAUAAUCUUAUUGCUGCUUCAGUGAUUCCUAUCUAUGCCUAGUGUUCGAAAUAUUGUGUUAUAAAAGGUAACCGACAAUAAUUUCAUGUUUAUAUUAUUGUAACCUUUAGCUUUAUUUAUUAUAUCAAUCUUAAGUUUAUUUUAUACAUUACAACACUUGUUUUUACUAAUUAAAUUAUUUUCUAAUUAAUCAGUCCAAUUAAUGUACACAACCAAAACACACAUACAUUAAAUUAAAUGUUGGAUGUAUUACCAUUUAGCUUUAAUUAAUUUGAUCAUAAGUUUUAAAUAAUUUACUAACUCGCAAUUUAAUGUUAAUUAUUAGGAUUUUCUCUGCUUAUUUUGUUUUUGUUCUUUAGUAAAGCAUUAAAUUGUUUUAGCUUCA